ACGCUCAUACCACCAUCUCCAAAAUUUCUUAAUUCCCAUCAUAUAUGAGUGAUACGGGGAGCGACGGAGACGCAGAUGUCGAGGGCGUCGUGGAUCCGGAAAUUUACUCAUCGGACAGCAGGGAAUCCGAUCAGCCCGUUGCACACAGGCAAAACUGGCAGCGGAUUAUGACUCAGAAUCCUGACUUUGAUCCUGACAUUGUGCUACAAGAAAUGGAGGGAGAAUACGAAGCUCUUGAUGCGGAAGUUAAUGCAGAUAAUGUCUCUACAGCAGAGGAAAAUGCGGAGCCAAUUAGAGAUCAGCCUGUGGAUGUGCCGAUUGAGAACCAAAUGCAUGAUCAGAACCAAGAACCAAAUCUCAAUCAAGAACCUCAAGACCAGGCUGAUCAGAACCUGGAACCCGACCAGGCAGACCAACCGCAGAACAGAAUUCCUGAAGUAGCUUUUAUAGACCCUCCACCUGUGCCUACACCGCCUACUACUUCCCGCCGAAACCAAGGUCAAGAGACAGGGGUAAUCUCAUUGGACACACCAUCACCGCCCAAAAAACGUAAACGGCUUUCCGCCGCUGCCGAUAAAAGUCUGAAAAAAUCACCCGAAAGCAAGCCCAUAAUUGCGGAUGAAGAAGACGAUGGUUUAACAUGCCCUAUUUGUCUAGAUUGUUGGGAGAUGAGUGGUGAUCAUCGAUUGGUUUCACUGCGCUGUGGUCACCUCUUUGGAGAAUCCUGCAUACGCCGAUGGUUAAACGAAAGCCAACGGCAAUCGUCUGUAAAAGUGUGUCCCCAGUGCAAAACAAAGGCCACAUUUAGAGACAUCCGCCACCUGUACGCUAAGCGCAUCCAAAUGUUGGACACUGAUAUUAGGGAGCAACUGGAGGCUGAACGCCGUCGUACCCAGACCCUUACCACAGAGCUAGCAACCGCAAAGCUCGGCCAAACUCUAACCCUCGAGAAGUUAAUGCUACUGCAGAAGGAUAAUGAACGGUUAAAAGAGCUGGUAAGGGCAGGUGGUAGUCGAGGAGCCUUUGGAGGUGAUUCAGAUGGUAGUCAGAAGAGCAUUCACCAGCUGGCUUCACAUCGUCUAUAUAUGGAGAAGAACUUCGAGAUCACCCGAGAGCCCGGCUGUCGAGUACUUCUUUAUUCCGCCAAGCACUCCAUAUUAGUGGCCUCACAAAAGAGUGCCCAGAACUUGUUUCCCGGCUAUGGAGUGCGCUUUAUUGAUCCGCCCAGCUUCAAGCCAUUACACUUCCUACACACUUCGGCGCUAUUGAUCAGAGACAUUGCAUUUAGCGAAUCCCAGCACUUGCUCACGGUGGCUAGUCGGGAGCCAAAGAUAAAAAUCUUUGAUAUAAGAACGCGACUUUGCUCGUCCAUGUUCACAGCUCACGACAAGAUGCUUUGGUCGUGUGCGCUGGACCGUAAUGAGCGGGAGCACUUUUUAUACGGCGGGGAUCUGCGAGGAUGUGUUUAUAUCUAUGAUUUGCGGUUUCCCGAGAACAUACUCUGCGAGUUUCAAGCGGAAGAUAACUUUAGUCCUGUGAUACAUAUAGUUCCAGUUCCACCAAAUAAGACUUUCACCAGCGGCGGUUUUCUUGUCUGUCAGCUGACGGCUCUCUCUUUUUAUGAGUACGCUUCGGCCAGUGAUACGGCUGUGCCCACUCGACUCAAUGUGGAGGGACCCUUCUUGUCCAUGCAGUACGAUGCCGUGCAGGACACGGUGCUUAUAUCGGCCCGCUCGAAUACAAAUUCGCCGCAGUCCCGGUUUAUACUUGGCCGACUGGACAAGAUCGAUGGUACGCCAGUGCUGAAAGAGAUGGCCACCAUCUAUGGGUCAAAGGCCACGCCAAUUAUGACGCGACCGACCCAACUGGGCGUCGAGGAUAAUACACUGGUUGUAGGCUAUCUUCAGGACAGCAAACAGCUUAUGAUGCACGAUGUGCGGCGGGAGGAGCGAGUACAAACAAUGCCCGUGAACGAAGUAAUAUACGAUAUCUGCCCUGUGGCCACGCAGGCCGGAUCCUACUUGGCCGCCCUCACCGACAAUAAAUGUCGCGUCUACAAGGUUAACAGUUCCAAGCGAUGAGCUUUGUGUGCAUGUAGAUUAAUUUUCCAUGAAAAUGUCCAAAGAAUUAAGUGCUUAUUUUUAGUUGAUUUCUAUGAAAUAGGUGACCCCUGAAAAGUUUAGUUUUUAUUUUAAGUUUUUCAUUAUUUCCGUUUAUUAAACAUUUGUCAACCUUAUGGUUUGCAUACAAUAUUUCUCUGAACAUAA